AUUUUUUGUUAUAUCAAAGAAGAUGUCAGUGAUUGGAAAUGAUACAAAAGAACUACCAUAACGACGAAAUGUUGGUUUUUAAGGCAGUAUAUAUAACGAGGGAAAACAUAUAAAUCGUCAUUAUGUAGUUGCUGUUAAUAACUGCAAUAAACCAUAAACACGAUGAAGUUGCAGAUACUUUGCGUAAUUGGUUUUAUCUGUGGUGUUAGUUGUAUCAACCAAAAUAUUUUCAGAAAAUAUUUAGAGUUACGACAACAAAGAUUGUUGGCACGAGGUAAAAAAAAUAGCGAGAGUAAAGAGAAUGACAUUUUUGACGAUGAUGAAGUGGUGACAAUAAAUUGCGACGAAGGGGAGGUAAUCAGUGUGGAAAACGCAAACUAUGGUAGUCCAGCAAAACCCCAUAAACCGAGAAAAGGCGGUAAAGGCAGUAAAGGCGGCAAAUCUAAAAAAGAUCAAUGCAGCGACCCACAGUCCUUAGCGAAAGUAAAGGGUGCAUGUAAUGGAAAACAAACAUGUGAAUUUACAGUCAGUGACCUUUUCAAUGAAGACGAUUGUAUAAACGAGGAGAUGCUUGCAGCAAUGUCAGGGUCAAAGUCCAGCAAUAAUAUGCAACUCUGGUUUGGCUACCAAUGCAAACCAAAUCCAUGUUUAAGCUUUUACUGUGCACAUGACGGUACUUGUGAACUAGCCAAUCUUUUAGAUUUGACCCCACAAUGUAAUUGCAUGGGCGACUGGACUGGUGACCAUUGUGACGAUGACCCAUGUGAAACAGAUCCAAAACCAUGUCCUGAAAAAAGCACGUGUUCAAUCAAAAGUGAUGGAAGUGCCAGUUGUUGUUGUGAUGAAGAAUAUACAGGAGAUCAAUGCGACGUAUUAGUGGAUGCAUGUACCGUUAAUCCCUGUCAAAAUGGUGGACAAUGUACCCUAGAUAGCCAAGGACUUCCUGUGUGCACCUGUGUAUCUGAUUUUGAUGGAACAUUUUGUGAUGUAAAUUGUCAAUGGCCAAUGAGUUCAUGCCCUACAGGUUUUACCGAGAUACCCACGGGUAGUAGGAAUUGCUAUUAUACGUGUGAUACAGAAACUAGUUGGCUUGGUGCAGUGUUCGAGUGUCGGGCACAGGGUGCAUAUCUUUGGGAACCAAAUACUCCAACAGAGCUCACUGCUAUUGGUCAAGUUCUGGAUGGAGCCGACAGAUAUUGGACUGGUGCAUCAGAUCAGACUGAUGAAGGCACGCCUACCUUCGAACUUGGAUCUUUAGGCGCAUUGACUCUUUCACCUGAUAGUAAUGGUGCUAAUUCAGACUGUGUAGCAUAUGAACCAGGAGACGAUUUAAUUUACAGAACAUGUCAAACUCAAAGAAAAUGCGUUUGUGAGAUACAGAUUCCCUGUGCAACUCAAAACUAGACAGAAACGAUAAAAGACCGUCAUUGAACAUCUAAGCUGCUAUAAAUAACUCACCUACCCUUAUGAUCCUUUCCGAAUAACUUGAGAAGUUGUAAUUGUAUAGUGGCAGCAUCCUUUUGUAAUGAAAUAUAUACUAAUUACCAUUCUGCCAUGUUUUAUCAUCUCUUUUUGUAGAUUGUACUUAUUUGAACUAUAGUUAUGAUUUUACAACUGAGCGUAGACAAUUGUGAUCGAAGCGUUUUCUGAUCUGCCUUCUUUAGUUAUAUGGCUACGUUGUAACUUUAAGAAUCAUUAGAAUUCAUUAAAAAUUUCUGUUGUAUAUUGUUGAUAUCACUAGAUGAAGAUCUUUGUUGAUUAAUGAUGUAUCUCUGUGUAUUGUUGAUAUCACUAGAUGAAGAUCUUAGUUUAUUAAUGAUGGAUCUCUGUGUAUUGUUGAUAUCACUAGAUGAAAAUCUCUGUUGAUUAAUGAUGUAUCUCUGUGUAUUGUUGAUAUUACUAGAUGAAAUGCUUAGUUGAUUAAUGAUGUAUCUCUGUGUAUUGUUGAUAUCACAAGACAAUUGUGAUCGAAGCGUUUUCUGAUCUGCAUUCUUUAGUUAUAUGGCUACGUUGUAACUUUAAAAAUCAUUAGAAUUCAUUAAAAAUUUCUUCUG